AUGCCGGCCUGCUGUCUCUUGAGAUUGAGUUGGAGAAAGAAGCUCAUUGAACCCUUGGCUGAAUCUGGUGGUUUUGACUGUGGCCAUACCAUGGCUGAAGCCAGUCCUCCUAUCCAGCUUCUCCAGAUUCUUGAGAAAACCGUCUCACCUGACAAAAAUGAACUGGAAGCUGCUCAGCAGUUUUUUGAGCAAGCAGCUCAACAAAAUUUGGCUGAAUUCCUGAAGUCACUCUCAGAUGUCUUGAAGCAUGCCACCAAUAGCCCAGUGGCUCGCAUGGCUGCUGGCCUUCAAAUCAAGAAUACAAUUACCUCCAAGGAUCCUACUGUGAAGCUACAAUACCAUCAGAGGUGGCUCUCUUUUCCAGAAGAUAUUAGAUCGUACAUCAAGAAGAAUGUCCUGGAUGCGCUUGGAACUGAGACUAUGCGGCCAAGCACAGCAGCUCAGUGUGUGGCUUAUAUUGCAGUGGCAGAGCUGCCUGUCAAUCAGUGGAAUGAACUUAUCCCUCUCCUCACUCAAAACAUUACAUCACAGACUGGGAAUGAGAUGGUGAAAGAGUCCAAUCUGGAGGCUCUUGGUUACAUCUGCCAAGAUAUUGACCCUCAUGUACUGGUGAACCAAUCAAAUGCCAUCUUAACAGCAAUAGUUCAUGGAAUGAAGAAGGAGGAAGAAAAUGAGCAUGUCCGUCUGGCUGCAACCACUGCCCUUCUGAACUCAUUGGAAUUUACUAAAGCCCAGUUUGAUAGAGAGUCAGAGCGACAUUUCAUCAUGCAAGUUGUUUGCGAAGCCACUCAGUCAUCCAAUACCCAGAUACAAGUGGCAGCCCUGCAGUGCCUUGUCAAGAUUAUGUCAUUGUAUUACCGGUACAUGGAACACUAUAUGGGACCUGCCCUCUUUGCUAUCACCCUUCAAGCCAUGAAGUCUGAAAUAGAUGAAGUGGCCCUCCAAGGGAUUGAAUUCUGGUCAAAUGUUUGUGAAGAGGAGAUUGACCUGGCCAUUGAAUUGACGGAGGCACAGGAGUCUGGUCGACCACCCCAGCAGACAUCUCGGUUCUACGCCAAGGGAGCACUACCUCAUCUUAUUCCUGUUCUCAUGAAGACUCUCACCAAACAGGAGGAAUGUGAUGACAUGGAUGACUGGAUCCCAAGCAAAGCUGCAGGAGUGUGUGUGAUGCUGUUGGCUUCAUGCUGUGAGGAUGACAUUGUCCAGCAUGUCCUUCCCUUUGUCAAGGACAAUAUCAAACACUCUGAAUGGAAGUUCCGAGAAGCUGCUGUCAUGGCAUUUGGCUGCAUAUUGGAGGGUCCAGACCCAGAGAUGCUGAAACCCAUUGUGGUCCAGGCCAUGCCAACACUGAUUGAAUUGAUGAUGGAUCCUAGUGUGGCUGUUCGAGAUACAACUGCAUGGACCAUUGGGCGCAUCUGUGAACUCAUCCCAGAAGCUGUCGUCAAUGAGACCUUCCUCAAGCCUCUUCUGGAAGCCUUGGUGAAGGGUCUCCAUACAGAAGCUCGUGUUGCUGCCAAUGUGUGCUGGGCAUUCAAUUCUUUGGCUGAGGCAGCUUAUGAGGCUGCCACUGGAGAUUCAGACAAAGCUCAGGAACCAGAGACUUAUUGCUUGUCUGAGUUCUAUGAAAUCAUUAUACAGAAGCUUCUAGAAACUACAGAUCGACCUGAUGGAGCACAGCAUAAUCUACGUAGUGCAGCAUAUGAGGCCCUCAUGGAACUAGUGAAGAAUUCGGCCAAAGAUUGCUAUGAGGUCGUGCAACGGACAACCAUCAUCAUCCUGGAACGGCUUCAACAAGUCCUGUCAAUGGAAUCUCACAUACAGACGCAUUCUGAUCGGAUGCAAUACAAUGAUCUCCAAAGUCUCCUCUGUGCCACACUCACUAGUGUGUUGCGGAAGGUCAAGCCGGAAGAUGUGCCACAAAUAUCAGAUGCCAUCAUGACAGCCCUGCUACAGAUGUUCAACUCAGCAUCUUCCAAAGCUGGGGGUGUUCAAGAGGAUGCUUUUAUGGCUGUCUCAACUCUUGUGGAAGUUCUUGGUGCUGAUUUCAUAAAGUACAUGGAGGCCUUCAAACCUUUCCUUUUGCUUGGACUUAAGAGCCAUGCUGAGUGUCAGGUGUGCUCAGCUGCUGUGGGUGUGACUGGGGAUAUUUGUCGUGCACUUGGAAAUAAGGUGCUCCCUUUCUGUGAUGAUUUCAUGGCUGAACUCCUAACCAACCUCAGUAACAACAAUGUUCACCGGUCAGUGAAGCCCCAGAUCCUGUCUGUAUUUGGUGACAUGGCUCUGGCAAUUGGCCCAGAAUUCAAGAAAUAUUUGGAAAUAGUGCUCCAGGUGGUGCAGCAGGCUUCCAUGAUCAUGGUUGACCAUUCAGACUAUGAUCUUGUGGACUACCUCAAUGAGCUGCGACAUGGUUGUCUGGAAGCGUACACAGGGAUCAUCCAGGGUCUGAAAGGUGACGAGAGUGCACAAGCAACUAUGAAUGGUCCAAACAACGACUUGAGCAUCGUCAAACCACACGUCCCCCACAUCGUCAAUUUCAUCAUCGUGAUUGCUCAAGACCCUGAUAAAUCUGAGGAUUGUGUUACCUCCUGUGCUGGACUUGUAGGGGACUUGUGCACUGCUUUUGGAUCUGAGAUCCUUCCUCUCGUGGAUAAGGAACAGGUCCAUGGGCUCCUAGGACAAGGCAGGCAUUCCAAGAACAGCAAGUCCAAAGCACUCUCCUCCUGGGCUGCCAAGGAACUCCGAAAGCUGAAGAACGCUGUCACUGUUGCUUCUUGAUGAUCAUCCAUUGCUGGGAAAUUGCACUGCAGUCUUUUGUCAAGGAUCAUUCUUUUAAAUUUCUUAGACUUUUCCCUGUGACUGAUUUAAGAUGAGAUGGAGAAGGCUGAAAACAGGUGGCCAUGCUUCAUGUCUUUGUUCAUCUCCCCUCUACUAUUUUUUUUCAUUGUGUUUCUGUCUCAGUGAGCUAGCAUCUUGUCACAAUAUCAGAUUAGGGCAUAUCAAGAGGUUCUCGGUCUCAAGAAAGGAAACGGUAAGAAGAAAAGCUCUGUGAUGUUGCUCCCCAGUCAUCUAUGUUCUUCUAUUUUAUUUCCUUCUCCUUGCUUGGAAUUUGCUUCCCUUUUUAUUGUAUCUUGUAUAUAUAUCCCCAGUCAUCCCCUCGUUCCAGUUUGAAGUAUGGUUUGAAUGAAAAUGUCGAUGGGAGCUAACUAAGAAAAAAUUCCUUUUUUCCUUGGAAAAUUUGAUUGUUGCACUCUUCCCGGUUUGGAGUUGUUAGGGAAGGGCAGGCCUCUCUUCCACUGAACUGGAGGAGAGUGGCUCUCCUCGAGCUGAAACCAUUUUGUGAUAAUCUCUUUGCGAUUCCAAUUUGUUGCAAGUUGAGGGAGAAAUAAAUAAAAAAAAAGGAAUUUUUUUAAGAAAUGAAAAA